AUGUUGUCUGCACGUUCCUCCAUUUUGAGGAAUCCAGUCCUAAAGAGAGGUCUAGCUACCGCUACUAAUUUAACAAGAGAUUCUAAAGUACAUCAAAAUCUAUUAGAGGAUCAUUCAUUCAUCAAUUACAAACAGAAUGUCGAAAAUUUGAAAAUCGUCAAAGAAAGGUUGAACAACAGACCAUUAACAUACGCUGAGAAGAUCCUUUAUUCUCAUCUUGACAAUCCACAGGAGCAAGAUAUUGAAAGAGGUGUCUCUUAUUUGAAAUUGAGACCUGAUCGUGUCGCUUGUCAAGAUGCUACCGCUCAAAUGGCAAUCUUACAAUUCAUGUCUGCUGGUUUACCAGAAGUUGCCAAACCAGUCACUGUCCAUUGUGACCAUUUAAUUCAAGCUCAAAUAGGUGGUGAAAAGGAUUUGAAAAGAGCAAUUGACAUAAAUAAAGAAGUCUAUGAUUUCUUAACUACUGCUACUGCUAAAUAUAAUAUGGGUUUCUGGGGUCCAGGUUCAGGUAUUAUUCAUCAAAUCGUUUUGGAAAAUUACGCCUUCCCAGGUGCUUUAAUUAUUGGUACUGAUUCUCAUACUCCAAAUGCAGGUGGGUUGGGUCAAUUAGCCAUCGGUGUAGGUGGUGCUGAUGCAGUCGAUGUUAUGGCAGAUCUACCAUGGGAAUUGAAAGCUCCAAAGAUUUUAGGUGUAAAAUUAACUGGUAAGAUGAACGGUUGGACCUCUCCAAAGGAUAUCAUUUUGAAAUUAGCCGGUAUCACUACUGUUAAAGGUGGUACUGGUAAGAUUGUAGAAUAUUUCGGUCCUGGUGUUGACACUUUCUCAGCUACUGGUAUGGGUACUAUUUGUAAUAUGGGUGCCGAAAUUGGUGCAACUACCUCCGUCUUCCCAUUUAAUAAAUCAAUGGUUGAUUAUUUGAAGGCAACUCGUCGUGGUGAAAUUGCUGAUUUUGCUCAACUAUAUCAAAAGGACUUCUUAUCUGCUGAUAAAGGUUGUGAAUAUGACGAAAUCGUAGAACUUGAUUUGACUACUUUAGAACCAUACGUUAACGGUCCAUUUACUCCAGAUUUAGCUACCCCAAUUUCCAAAAUGAAAGAUGUAGCAGUUGCCUCUGGGUGGCCAUUAGAUAUUAGAGUUGGUUUAAUUGGUUCUUGUACGAACUCAUCAUACGAAGAUAUGUCUCGUUCUGCAUCGAUUAUUAAAGAUGCUGCCUCUCAUGGUUUAAAAGCAAAGACUAUUUUCACUGUUACUCCAGGUUCGGAACAAAUUAGAGCUACUAUUGAACGUGAUGGUCAAUUGCAAACUUUCAAAGAAUUUGGUGGUAUCGUCUUAGCAAAUGCCUGUGGUCCAUGUAUUGGUCAAUGGGAUCGUCAAGAUAUUAAGAAAGGUGAGAAGAAUACAAUCGUCUCAUCUUAUAAUAGAAAUUUCACUUCAAGAAACGAUGGUAACCCUCAAACACAUGCAUUCGUUGCCUCUCCAGAAUUAGUUACAGCUUUUGCCAUUGCUGGUGAUUUAAGAUUUAACCCUAUCACUGAUAAAUUGAAAGAUAAGGAUGGUAAUGAAUUUUUAUUGAAACCACCUUUCGGUAAUGGGUUACCAGAAGAUGGUUACGAUCCAGGUGAAGAUACUUAUACUGCUCCACCAGCAGAUCGUGCAGCUGUUGCCGUCAGUAUUGCUCCAACUUCUGAACGUUUACAAGUUUUGAAAGCAUUUGAACCUUGGAAUGGUAAAGAUGCCUUAGAUAUGCCAAUUUUAAUCAAAGCUUUAGGUAAGACCACUACUGAUCAUAUUUCUAUGGCUGGUCCUUGGUUGAAAUAUAGAGGUCAUUUAGAAAAUAUCUCUAACAAUUAUAUGAUUGGUGCAAUCAAUGCUGAAAACAAGAAAGCCAACAGUAUUAGAAAUGUUUACACUGGUGAAUAUAAGGGUGUUCCAGAUACUGCUAGAGACUAUAGAGAUCAAGGUAUUAAAUGGGUUGUCAUUGGUGAUGAAAAUUUCGGUGAAGGUUCCUCUCGUGAGCAUGCCGCUUUAGAACCAAGAUUCCUAGGUGGUUUCGCCAUCAUUACUAGGUCAUUUGCUCGUAUUCAUGAAACUAACUUGAAGAAACAAGGUCUAUUACCAUUGAACUUUAAGAACCCAGCUGAUUACGAUAAGAUUAACCCAGAUGAUAGAAUUGAUAUUGUUGGGCUAGAUAAGUUGGCUCCAGGUGUUGACGUUACUAUGAAGGUUCAUCCAAAGGAUGGUCAAGUAUGGGAAGCUCCUUUAACUCACACAUUUAACAGUGAACAAAUUGAAUGGUUUAAGAGUGGGUCUGCCUUAAAUAAGAUCAAGAAAGAUAGAACAGGUUCAUUGUAA